AUGACCCAAGAUGAACCAUCUUUAACACUUCCCCCAAAUUACACUUUUAGAAAACUUAAGCUCACUGAUUAUUCAAAUAAUUAUUUGGAAACACUUAGAGUGUUAACAACUGUUGGUAAUAUUGAGGAGCAUAGUUUUGCAAAUUUGUUUCGGAUAUGGGAAGAAAACUCUAAUAUUUAUCAACCACAUGUAAUAACAAACCCCGAAGGAGUUGUGGUUGCCACAGGGAUGCUUCUCGUAGAAGCUAAGUUGAUCCACGAGUGUGGCAAAGUUGGUCAUAUAGAGGACAUUUCAGUAGCAAUUGAUGAGCAGGGCAAAAAGCUAGGCAACUACAUGGUGAAAAGUUUGAGCACUUUAGCAAAGAGUUACGGAUGCUACAAAGUUAUUUUGGAUUGCUCGCCGCACAAUGUGGGCUUCUAUGAAAAAUGUGGGUUUAAAAAUGAUGGGGUCGAAAUGGUACAGCGGUUUUGA